ACCGAAAUCACAAAGACGCUGAUGCGCACAUUGAGGGAGGAAGUGAAGGUGUUCUCUGAUGUGGUUGAUGCUUGGGUAGAUUUAAUGAAUUAUGAAGAAGUAGAAAGAAACGAUGGCUCCUUGACGCGUAUUUAUUUUAGAACAACUGUGAUAGACAGCUGGUUAUUGACAGAUUCUGCUUGUGAUGAUGAUGAACGUAUGAAAACGUUCAGCGUAAGGAUGACGGAUGCCGGCGCAUAUGAGUUCAUUGGGUUGAAAAUGGUUUUCUUUCCAAUCCUUGAGAAUGAUCAAUAUUACUUGAUUGUCUUCGAUCUGAAAAACGACGCAAUAACCGUCAUAGACCACAGGCCUGAUCGCACACCCUUAGUUGGCAUUAGGGAUCAUCAAGACUACUACAUUAAAGACACACCAUACAAAGUGAAGCAUAUGAUGGACACUUAUUUGGAGCGUUCCGAACAUCCGGCAAAAGAUGAAAUCGCAGCAGCCAAGAUUGAGAGGUGUAAUAUCAAAUGGGCGACCCCUGCGCAUCCAAUGGAUAGUGCGGUAUUCCUUAUGCAGCACAUGCAGAAAUUUAACGGCAUCAAUGAACCUUUUGAAUGUGGUUUUAGCAGCCACUGGAAGAAAAAGCAAAAACAAAUUCUUGCCCUCCGAAAAAAAUUCGCUACACGCAUGCUACUCUCUGAUGUGAAUUUGAUGAACGCAAAGGUUCGCGAGGCUGCAUUAUCAGUGUAA